AUGGGCUAUGAUCUUGAGAGGUUUGUGGGCUAUGUGAAUGAGGGUCUGCUGUGCUGUGUGUGUCGAGACGUGUUGGAGCGUCCCCUCCAGGCGCCCUGUGAACAUGCCUACUGCAGCGCAUGCAUCAGCAGCUGGCUUGUCCAUCACCACUCCUGUCCCGAGGACAGACUGCCGCUGGAUGUGGGCAGUCUCAAACCACUGUACAGGUACAUGCGGAAUGACCUGAACCGUCUGCAGAUCCGCUGUGUGAACGCAGGGCAGGGAUGUGAGGUGGUCUGCUCCCUGGAGAGCCUGCACACACAUGAGGAUGAGUGUGAAUUUGCCUUCAUAUCCUGCACUAACACAGGCUGUCCUGUUCAGGUAGAGAGGCGGGGUUUGGAGGCCCACCUGUCAGAAUGUAACUUCCGCAGCAGAGAGUGUCCCAACGGCUGCGGCCAUACACUUCUCUCCACUGAUCAGUCACAGCACAACUGUGUAGCAGAGCUGCGCACCGAAGUGGAGAUGCUCAGGGCUGAGAUGCUGUGCAAGGUGGAGGAGGUGAGACGAGAGAUGGAGUCUCGGCUGGACUCACAGAGGAGACACAUGGUGCAGAAAGAGUCGCAGCUAAAGAACGAGGUGGAGGAGCUCAAGGGUCAGUUGUCCCGUGUGAUGUGUGACAUGCGAGCCCUGUUAGGAGCAGAGCGUCUGAGGAGGCAGGAGCUGGCAGAAGCAGAGCUGGAGAAGAGGGAACUAUUGGAGCUCCUGAAAGAUCUGCAGCCGACCAGGAGUCAGCAUCCCAUCGAACAAGCUGCCAGAGACGAGCAGUACGUGUCCGGGUGGGAGCUACACACCAAGCCAGCAGGACACCAGCAGAGGGAGGCGUCCUUGCUUGCCUCCAGUCUAUCUCUACACUCAGCUCAGGCUAUAAAUGCAUCAGGUUCACCUCCAUCACCACAGAUGGGUGAGGGGGCGCGCAAGGGUGGUACCCGAAGUCUGACUCUGGACUGCAUCAAGAGGAAGAGCCGGGAAGUGACUGUCAUCUGA